AUGAGCAGCCUGAGAACACUCAAAUCCACAGGGAGUGGGCGCGUCGAGAAGGAGGACCCUAUCGCAAAGCAGAGGCGUGAGAAGAAGCGCAUCCAGAACCGCAAUGCCCAGAGGAGCCACCGGGAGAAACAGGCAGCGUACAUCCGCACGCUGGAGAAGAUGGUGAGCGACGCUGUACCCUCGGGUGGCCAGAUGCCAGGUGUAGCACCACAGAUUGCGCAGACGCAGGCCAACUGGAUCGAAGAGAUCCGGGAGCUGCAGGAUGCCUUGUUGCGCAUGCGGAAGAAAUUCCAAAGCCUGAGCUUCGCCGCUGCCUCAAACGCAGAGGACCUGAUCUUUAAAAGGAUUUUGAACCUCCAGUCACUUUCCCGUGCUGAAACACCACGUAGCCCGAGAAAAUCUCAACAAGAAACACCUUUUGACAUUUCCCAGUCCGUUGAAUCGGUGCUUGAUCCCUCUGGUAACCUGAUAGAAUGGGGUCAGGAUGCCGAUCUCGCAACGCUUUUUGCAGAUGACUAUCUUCACAGCGAUGCUACGCCGUCUGGCAUCCCUUGCUCUCAUUCCGAUCCCAGUCAAGCACUGGUACUACAGCCGAACGUAUCCAACUCUCCACCCGGAAGUGUCUCAUCGGCGUCUUCGAAAUCUUCGCUCGCCGAAACAUUACGCGUCGAGGACGUGUACCCUUCCACCGACAUACUGGGAGUAGAAAGAACGCUCAAGACGGUACUCGAGCAAUCAGAAAGUAGCGCCGAUAUCGACAGAUCCGUUGGUCUGGCCGUACGUAUCAUGUUGAAACGAAGCCCCCUCAUCGACGGUAUCUUCAGCAUAAUGGGAGGUGCCGAAGCAGUCGAGAGAAUUAUCCACUGGAGAAUCGCGCCAACGGCAGCAAACCGAGACAAAAUCCCCGCCCCUUUCCGACCGACGGUACUGCAACAGCAUUUCCCCGAUCACAACUACGGCAUCGAUUUCCUUUACUGGGCGGAACUCCGGGAUCAGCUGAUGCUCCAAAGCGACAUCGACAUACGCCAACUUGUAGAAGACUGCCUGCGAAAUUUAGUCCAAGAGGUACCGCAGCUGAAUCUCUCGCUUCCAUUGGUGGAGACGUACUUCCAUCUCAUCGAGCUCGUUCAAACAAAUAGCGAGCAGCAGUUGCCGAGUCCGGUGGAGCGGUUCCUCGAUUUGACGUACUCUGAUGACGAUCGGGAACCUCUUCGCCUUCAUAAUCCGCAUUACAAGGUAUUUCGCGCGGUAGAGAAGUACGAGCUGGACAAACUAUCGAAUAGAAAGAUGUCGCCGAAGUUUGCAGAAAAGUAUCCCUCUUUGGAUGUUACACAUAGUAAGUCUGAAUGUCUCCAUUUGAAGCCAUCUCUCGAUGCUUGCGCCAUCGAAAACGGACUCGUUUGCUGA